AUGCCAAAAGGUGACAUUGUCCGCGUUUCACCCGACAAACUCUCCUUCCGAACCAGCGGAGCCAUUCACGACAUCUACACGGAUCGCCAGGCCAACAUGGUCAAGACCGGCUGGACCGAGGCAUCCAUCCGAAGUAACCCCUUUGUCAACACCCAUAUCAUGCCCGACCGUCAUCUCCAUGCCGCCAGGAGGAGGUUACUCAGCAACGCCUUCUCUGAAGGUGCCAUGAAGAACCUGGAGAACUAUGUCGUCGACCGCAUCCGAGAUUGGUGCAAUUACAUAGCCGAGGCCCCGGAGCAGAACCAGACAAAAAUCGACGGGGAGAAGGAUGAGCUGUCUGGCUGGAGCAAAGCUCGCGACAUGGGCAUCUGGUCGACGCUGUUGACGGUCGAUGUCCUCGGAGAGCUCUGUUUCGGGUCCAGCUUCGACGCCAUGAAGAACGGCCACACCUUCGUCAUGGAUCUGCUGUUAUCGAGUUCCAAAUUGAACAAUAUUAUCGCCUUUCUACCAAUCCGAAAUCUCAUCUUCCCCCUCAUCAGAACGCCAGCCAUUCUUUUCGUGACGAGUAACGAAACCCUGAAGCACCGGUUCGAGUACCGCGAGAAGAUAACCGGGCUUGUCGAGAAGCGGUUUGCGCUGGAGAAGAGCAACAAUGCCGAAAAGGCGGCCGGGGAACAACGGCGCGAUUUCUUCCAUUAUCUCCUGCACGCCAAAGAUCCACAGACCGGCGCCCAGUUCCAGUCGAAAGACCUGGUGGGUGAAGGCUCGCUGCUGGUCGGCGCCGGGUCCGACACCUCGUCGACCGCCAUGUCGGCCUGUUUCUUCUACCUGAUGCGAUGGCCGCGCGCGUUCAAGAAGCUGCAGGACGAAGUGCGCUCGGCCUUCCAGCACGUCGAGGAGAUUAGGCACGGCCCGAAACUAGCCGGUCUGCUCUACCUGCGCGCGUGCAUCGACGAGGCCAUGCGCCUGUCUCCGCCCGUGCCAGGCCUGCUGGACCGCAAAAUCCUGCCCGGCGGCGCCGUCGUCGAUGACCACUCACUCCCCGAGGGCGUGGUGGUGGGCGUGCCGAUCUACGCCAUUCAUCAUUCGGAGAAAUACUUCCCGCGCCCGUUCGAGUUCAGUCCCGAGCGCUGGAUCGCAGGGGUUGGGAUUGGGGUCAAUACUGGACCUGGUUCUUCUCCUGUGACCCCCGAAGCCGUCGAAUUGGCCAAAGCCGCCUUCCACCCUUUCAGCUCCGGUCCACGCGGCUGUAUCGGCAAGAACAUGGCGUACAUGGAGUUACUCAUUGCCGUUGGUCGUGCCGCCUGGCUGUUCGAUAUCAGACUGAAACACGGCGAUCGCACGGGUGAGGGACGUCCCGGAGGCGAGCCCGGCCGCGAGAGGGUCGGGGAGUAUCAGCUGCGAGACUGGCUCAUUUCAGGUCGGGAGGGUCCUGUUCUGGAAUUCAGAAGGAGAGAAGUGGAAACUUGA